CACUUCUUCUGCAUCGUCUCCCGAGCCCACUCGACGAGCGGAGUAGACAACGGCAUUAGCAGAAACACGAAAAACACAACCACCAACGCUAACAAAACCGUAGACGAGAAGAGGCUCGACGUCACGCCGAGAAGGCCCGUGAAAACCGUGAUCACGAAAAGGGAUCGAAAACCGCUCUCCAAAACCCUCGACUUCCCGAGAGUCGGGUCUCUGGCGAGAACGAUCGGGGCCACUAGGACACACACGGGCGUUGAGAAGGAGGAAGUACUCGGCCCGGCGGGCCGGGGAGCCCGCCCGGCCAGCGAGGAUGUUGACGGCGUUUGUGUAGAUGGCGGUGCUGAGGCCGACGUAGCUGGUGGAGAGGCCUACGGCGAUUUUCCGGUCGAGGGGGAAAUUGUUGAUGGCGAGGACGUAGGAGACGGUGUUGAUCCAGCAGACGCUGUUUCCGGCGAGGACGGUGAGGGCGAAGACGGCGGGGUAGGCGAGGGUGUGGAUUCGAUUUGUGAGGAGGAGGUAUUGGGGGAGCCGGCGAGGCCGAGGGAGGAGGACGGCGGGGAGGGGGAGGGGGAGGCGGGAGGCGGCGAGGCCGGAGAGCCAGCCGAGGAGCUUGCUGGCGUCGGAGGCGAAGGCGAGGUUGUUAAGUUGGAGUUGGGAGAUGGAGAGGGCGUGUUUGAGGUGGGAGGAGUAAGCCGGGAAGUUGGAGUUGGUGCCGUUGAU